GGUUAGGAUCAACUGACAUAAGAAACAAAAUCUGCGAAAUGUUUUGCAUUGCACUGCUCAGAUAGCAGCACCAGUUUUACGUCGAUAAACGAAACGGAACAUAGGAAAUGCGAAUAUCAUGUCGAGAAAGGGAAUGUAGGUUAUGUUUUUUAAUUGUGCACUCCAAAAAAUGACACACUUGAUACGGUCAACUGUUAGCUGUCGCUUUCACCGCAGAGUGUUAUGUUGACAAUCUGCGGCAUAUAGAAAGAAGAAUUAACGUGAGUUCCUUUACCCAAGACAUGUGCAACGUUAAAGCAUGGUUGUCACUCCACGAAAGAUGAAACAGGUUGCCUUUUCCGUGAUUUGUGUAAUAAUAGUGUUAGGAUUCUACAAAACAGUAGUUAAUCCACAAGAAGAACAAUCUUUCCCUAGAAUUCAUCCAAGGGAUCGUAAAUCCCAUAUAGGCGAUGUAAAUGAUAUUGAAUCUGAAAAUCAAAAAGUACAAGACAUUGAGGAAGAUGCACCUUAUGCUGAUAUUAAAGAUAUUGAAGAAGCAAAAUUAAGGAUUCGAGAGUUAGAGGGUAAAUUACAGCAUCUAGAGGCUAAAAUUGAGAACACUGUGUCCAAGGAUUUCCCAACAGUCAAGUUCCUUAACUAUAAAAACCGGAAAAGAAUUCUGGUCACAGGUGGAGCAGGUUUUGUUGGAUCACAUUUGGUUGAUCGAUUAAUGUUGGCUGGCCAUGAAGUGAUAGUUGUAGAUAACUUUUUCACUGGAAGAAAACGCAAUGUGGAACAUUGGGUUGGCCAUGAGAACUUUGAACUAGUUCACCAUGACAUAGUCAGACCUCUCUAUUUAGAAGUAGAUGAAAUAUAUCAUCUUGCCAGCCCAGCUAGUCCUCCACAUUAUAUGCUUAAUCCAGUAAAAACAAUUAAAACAAAUACUUUAGGCACAAUAAAUAUAUUAGGUCUUGCAAAACGAGUAGGAGCAAGAGUUUUAAUAGCUAGUACAUCUGAAGUGUAUGGAGAUCCUAAUGAGCAUCCACAAUCAGAAACCUAUUGGGGCCAUGUGAAUCCUAUAGGCCCAAGAGCUUGUUAUGAUGAGGGAAAACGUGUAGCUGAAACUCUAAGUUAUGCUUAUAUGAGGCAAGAAGGUGUUUCAGUACGCGUCGCUAGAAUUUUCAACACAUUCGGGCCUAGAAUGCAUAUGAAUGACGGCCGCGUAGUCUCUAACUUCAUACUACAAGCACUGCAAAAUGAUUCAAUUACUAUAUACGGUAGUGGAAGGCAGACGCGAUCUUUUCAAUACGUGUCUGAUCUAGUCGAUGGACUAGUAGCCUUGAUGGCAUCUAAUUACACACAGCCUGUGAAUAUUGGAAAUCCUGUAGAGCAUACAAUAGAAGAAUUCGCAUUUAUAAUAAAAGAUUUAGUUGGUACAAAUAGUAAAGUAGUCGAGCUUGCGGCGGUCGAGGAUGAUCCCCAAAGAAGAAGACCUGACAUAACAAGGGCUAAGAAGUAUUUGAACUGGGAGCCAAAGGUUCCUUUAGCCGAAGGACUUAAAAAGACGAUAAUGUACUUCGCUAAAGAACUGCAGAGAACGAAACACUCGCAGAGAGCUAGUUUUAUGCAAACGUCUUAUAAAAACGAUCAUGACAUAGUAGAACAACUGUAGGAAAAUAGAACGUUAACACGAUUAAUUUAUCCACUUCUAAGAGUGGCUUGAAAGUGCCAUUAAGCUAUGGACCACUAUGUGCCAAAAUAUUCCCCGUCCAAAUUGAAUUCCACAUAAUUUCUUAAUAUCGACGGGUACAUAAUCCUAAUUUUUAAUAAAUAACGAAUUCGUUUGUCAUGAUAUCGACAUCACAUAUUUAAUAUCUUCAAUUUGAUUUUCAGUUCCGUGUUGGUCGCAUUCUAUGUACACUUUUGUUUAUUGUUGCGUGUAGGUAUUUAUUUUCAACUGACCACACCGCUAUUUAUGUUGCGAUGGAUUGGAGAAUAAUAAUCGUGUUUCUGACAAUGUAUUUUUUUACAAGUAGAAAUGUCUAGAUCGCAAAACCCUCGCAAUUCUUUGUUAUAGGUGAGAAUACUCGGACGAUCACUCGCCGGUGCUGGUGGAAGUUAUUCAUAUCCUUUCCCCAUUUCGCGAGUAACUAGAAUAGUCUGUACGGAGUUCAAUGUAACAAGCUGUUUUUACUUAAUAUUCCUAUGCAAUCGAUUUUACUCCAACUGUACAUGUUCGUCGUCUUUUAUCUAAAUUUCUUUAUCGUGUAUCAUAGCAACAUAAUCAGUGUGCACCUGUGAGAUUAGUAAAUUUUUAAGGAGUGUUUUCGUCAUCGAAUGUCUUUCUCGGUUUUUAGAAGGUAUAGAAAAACCAGCUGCGUUUCCGACGUUCUCAUUCAACUGAGCGGGAACCUCAAGCGUUUGUAUUAUAUUAUAUAAGUACCCAUAUUGUGUGAUAUAUAUAUGUAUACGCGGUGUACGUGUGCCGUACUGUAAUAUUUGAGAGCGUGUAAACAGGAAAGUAAUUUUAUACUGUAACGAAUAACUGUACGUGGAUAAGUGAGUGAACAGCUUUGUGAAGGCGUCUUCUCGUCGUCGUAGCGAUUGUAUCGGUUUUAAUUUAUAUACAAAUAACCCAGUGGGGAUCUCGUCCCUUAUGUAGAUAUACAAUACAAAAUGAAUGUUUACACUGCAAUUCACAGAAAGCCAUUAAUUUCCUGGCGACUAUAACAAAUACAGGGUGUUGCCU